CAUGGAGCCGUGAGCAAAGUGAAGCCUUCCAACGUGUGAAGGGACGAAUCGUGAAAUGCUGUACAACACUAGGAUUCUACUCUGAGGUCGACAGGACAAUUUUAUAUACGGACGCAUCACCUAUCGCACUAGGAGCGGUGCUAAUACAAGAGAACGAGAUGGGAUCAUCGAGGAUUAUUAGCUUCGCAUCUAAAUCUCUAACGCCAACUGAGCGAAAAUAUGCGCAGAAUCAAAGGGAAGCUCUCGCAGCGGUUUGGGCGGUGGAGCACUAUUCGUAUUUCCUUUUAGGAAGGAAAUUUACGCUCCGUACAGACGCACAAGGAGUAAGUUUCAUAUUGAAUCGGCAACGGGAGGAUUCGAAAAGAGCUCUAACGCGAGCAGAUGGGUGGGCGUUGAGGUUGAGCCCAUACAGGUACGAUGUCGAGUACAUCAGAGGAACCGAUAAUAUCGCUGACCCGCCUUCUCGUUUGUACAUUGGCGACGAUGAUGCUUUCGAUGACGACGCUAGCCCGUGGGAGGUGGCGGUCCUAGAAGCAAAUGUUGUUGGUUUCCUCACCGACAAUGAAGUCAAGUCAGCCACGUCAGAAGAUCAGGAUCUACAAGGAGUUAUAAGUUCGCUUCGUUCUAACUGUUGGCCUACCCAUUUGCGACAGUUCCAGCUGCUUGAAAGUGACCUGUCGAUUCAUGACGGAAUGCUAAUAAAAACCGGAUGCGUGGUUGUUCCAGAGGUACUACGGAAGAGAGCUUUGACUAUCUCCCAUGAAGGACACCCAUCAGUAGCCAAACAAAAAAGUAUCUUGAGACAGCGCGUAUGGUGGCCCGGUAUGUCCGCUGACGCUCAACGAUGGGUGGAGUCGUGCGAAACUUGCGCUAUCAAAGGCAAACCAGAACGACCUACUCCAAUGCAGCGCGUAUUUGCUCCUAAAGCCGUCUGGGAGACAAUUGCCCUUGACUUCAACGGCCCGUACGUCAGGUUCGGUGGAAUUUCGAUUCUGGUAAUCGUCGAUUAUAGGUCAAGAUACCUAAUUGCCCAACCCGUGAAGUCAACGAGCUUUGAGCAUACAAAGAAGGUAUUGGAGCAGGUUUUCGACCGGGAAGGCAUACCAAAGUUUAUGAAAAGCGACAACGGCCCCCCAUUUAAUGGUGAGGAGUACAAGUCCUUCUGUACGAAACAUGGCAUUACUCCAGUGUUUUCCACGCCACUGUUCCCUCAACAGAACGGACUUGUUGAGGGCUAUAUGAAGCUUAUCAACAAGGCGAUGGUAAGUGCUUCCGUUAAUAAGACAAACUACAUCGAAGAGCUACGCAGCGCAGUGCACGCACAUAAUGCAGCAACACACAGCGUGACGAAAUUCCCUCCUGAGGAAGUACUCUCAGGACGUAAGAUAAAAAGAGGACUUCCGUUACUAGAGUACCGUAAAGCAACUGUCGAUGAUGAACUCCUCAACGACAGAGACAGGAGAAUGAAGCUCUUGGGUAAGGAAAGAGAAGACAAGCGUAGGGGUGCACGGCAAUGUCGUGUGAAACCGGGGGAUAAGGUGAUAGUGGAACGCACGCAUCGGGGAAAAGGCGAAUCGCGUUUCUCCCCAUUACAGUACACGGUGAUCGACGAGAAGAAUGGUAGCCUUACUAUCAGCGGAGGAGGUCAUACUAUAAAGCGUCACGUGACCCAAACAAAGCGCGUACAAGACUGGAGGAAGCCUGAUGAUUCUGACACUGCUCGAGCAACUAACGAGGGUACACACCAGCCUACAGCAGCGAAUGGUGCUGAAGCUGAACUGACAACUAGAACUCCACGCAACACACGAAGCAAGAAGGCCCCUGCAUACCUGCAGGAGUACGUCAGAUCAAUCGAACUGAACUAAAAAUAAACUUCAUUAGCGAAAUAUAUUAGAUGCACAUACACAUUGCUGGACAAAAUAAUCAAGUUACCGUGGUUUCAUUUCAUGUGGAUUGAUAUUCGAAUCGUCUAUAGAAUCCCGUUCCUGUUUAUUUCCAGGUUCGCAAGCUCCGGUAUGUGCCUUUCCCAGCUAGUGCUUUGCUAACGUCGCAUCUUGGAAAUAAUCAUCCCGCAGGCAGCUCUUAUUACCAGCUCGAUAUAAAAUCUCCAUAUUUGCAAAAUGAUGCAAACUUUGAGAUGGAAAUUCCUGAAAAAAAUCACUACCCGAAAAACGAAUACGAUUUUCCAUUUUUGC